UACUGGCCACAGGAGGAUUACUAUUCUCAGCUAAGCUGCAUCGCCGAAAAUCGAACCAUCAAGUCCCCCGUCUAAAUGGUAGUUUAUCACAUGCGUCGAUAAGCCCUAGUGUGUUACCCUGACGGUUCAAAACACAAGGUAAGGAAGGGGCGAAAACUCUACGACGAGGAAGUUCCUUUGGACCUGCAGAUUUUAACGCCAAAAGAUUCGCCUGAUAUAAGGUUAUCAGCUCUUCCCCACUUUCUUACCAUCUGUCUGUAGGUAUUAACAACAAGUUUCAGGCGACUGGGAAUUUGCGACCGACCAACCUAGCGGCUUGAAUUCUAGUCCUCUUGGCUAUCAUGUCUCCAUCUCAAGCAGGUGUCUACACGGUGUCUGGUAUUCUCAUCUGUGCUUCCGCUCUUGCGGUCGCUCUAAGAUUUCGUGCUCGAUUGCUAAAGCACGUGUCCUUCGAAAGCGAUGACUAUCUCGCAGCGUUCUCUAUGGUAGCUUUUCCCUACCAUCUAUCGUCUUCAGAAAAGCUGUAUGACUGACAGAUUUGUGGCUUCUAGCUUUUUGUAUGGGCGCUCGCCAUUGUCUUGAUCAUAGGUUUGUCUCUAUGCCUCUGCGAAUUCCUUCCCUAAUCUGAUGCCUUCUUUUCAGGAGCUGCGAGAGGCAGUUUAGGUACACAUACGAAGCUCAAUCCGCAAACUGGGGCAGUUAUUCCAACAUGGCAUGAGAUUGACACGUCCAAAGUUAGCCCAGACAUUGAAACUGUCUUUCUGCUCUUGUACUGACCAAUAUAGCUUGCCGGUAUUUCUCAACUUUUGAUCAUCCCAGCUCUCGGUGCACUCAAAUUGAGCGUUGUUAUGCUCUAUCGCCGAAUCUUUGUCGGUAAAACUUUCAACACAAUCUCCAUUAUCGUUUGCAUUAUAAUCGCAGCAUGGACGAUAUCAUUUUUCUUCGCUACUGUGUUCGAAUGUGGACGAGACUUGGGAUUACUUUGGCACAGUCUAAAGACCUUCAAAACGGAUUGUGGAAAAUAUAAAUUUAUUCAGCUUGGCCACGCUGCAUCGGAUGUCGCAACUGACUUAAUUGUCCUUGCCCUUCCUUUGCCCGUGAUUUGGAAUCUUCAUAUGACCACGGAGAGAAAAGUCGGUCUAUCGUUGAUUUUCUUGCUGGGUCUACUGUAAGUCAACUUUAUUAAUCAUCAGCUUGCCAAGUUUUCUUUCUUACGCCUUCAAGUUCAACAGCAGCUGGUACCGCUCGUCUGGUUAUUGUGGCGGAAGAUAUUUACGGUCAGUAGAAACCCAAGUUUUACGUUGUUGGCUUUAUUUUGAUUGCUGAUUUCUACCCUAUAGAAACUACGACAGGUUCGCGGGACGUCAGAGGUAUGUGAAGGAGACCGAAUAUAUCUUGUCAUUCCUAUUCUGACUUACAUAUCUAGGUGUCGAAACAAAUGCUAUGGUGUGGUCAUAUGUUGAAGUAGGUGUGGGUGUCGUAGCAGCUUGUCUGCCAACUCUAAGACCAGUCUUCGGAAGCCGAACUCCAGAAAGUUUAGUGAACAGUGUGCGGUCGGCCGUUACACUCAAUUCUUUGACAUCCUCUAGGAGACGCGCUUUUGCCAACGAGUCUGGCAUUGACGGAACUGCUUCAGAACUCAAAGAUUAUGAAAGGCUUACCCGUGAACGCUCCAAUCACGAAGCUGCUUCUACGAGGACUGAAGAGCCUUGAAUGAUGCAGAUAGCAAUGCUCGAGUUUCAGAUUUUUCUGACGGUGGGAUCAGUACACUACAAGGGGAAUGAAGUCAUCAGCAUGAGGAAGGGCUAGGAAGUCAUGUAACAUUUAGAUUAGAAUUUAGCUGUGAUACGACUUGGAUAUUUUUGGGUUGGAGAUUAAUUUUAAAAUUUUGUAAAGGAAUUUAGGAUAAAACUGUUAUAGAAAAAUACGCAGCUCCGAGUAGCUCAAGUCUUUUAAAUCUCAC